AUGACUGGUCGCGGUGGUGGCGGCGGUCGCCGCGUUCUCCUCUUGCCCAUUACUAACUGGUUGCAGCAUGCUACCGUCAGCGUCUGGCUUUAUGAGCAGCUCUCCAUUCGCAUCGAGGGCAAGAUUCGGGGCUUUGACGAGUUCAUGAACCUGGUUAUCGACGACGCCGUCGAGGUUAAGCAGAUCACCAAGACCAACGACAAGGAGACCCGGAGACCUCUGGGCCAGAUUCUGUUGAAGGGAGAUAACGUGUCAUUAAUCCAAAGCUUGGCUGGUUGA